AUGACAUCCCUCUCCAAUGGUUCAGUAACAGAGCCCCUUGUGUUAAAACUCGAAGAAGUCGAUGUUCCCAUCACCGUCCUCCAAGAAAAUAACCCCAACGUUGGCCGCUUUACCGCUAGCUUCAUCGUCUUCCAUCAAACAACCAACCCAGCCAAGCCACAGGUUCUACUAAUACAACGAGGACAUGAUGGCUCAUGGGGCGGGAGCUGGGAGGUACCUGGGGGAGGGCAUGAGCCUGGAAAAGACGAUUCUAUCUUGCAAACUGCGCUUCGAGAGACGUAUGAGGAGGCGGGGGUGCACAUCUCACCUGACGCCGUCUUCCCACUUGUGUACAGAACGGCCUUUUGGCACAAAGAGUCGUGGAUAGCUAGCUACACGUUCAUCGCGGAGGUUGCCGAAGGAGUUCCAAUCACUAUAUCGGAUGAACAUCUUGACUGGGAGUUUUUGGAUGAGGAUGAUAUUCGGCGGUUUGGUGUUUAUCAGAAGGGGGAAGCUCAAGAGGGGCGUGUGAUGCUUGCGAGGAAGAAAGGAAUCCUUCGUCAUUUCUUUAUGAAUAGAGAGAGUCUGCGAAAUGGCGAUGUGGAUAUGCAACGCCCAUUUGAGGCAUAA